AACUAACCUUUAACCGAUGGUUGGGACUUGAUUGUUUUUGUUGAGUCGUGGGUCCUUUUUGAGAUCACGUCACGUAAGAGAACGUUCGUACGUGCUGAAGUUCGUUUCUGGUUAAACGUUUUGAAUAAGUCACCAUUGUUUUACAGAACGAAAAUGCGACACAAACAGAAAAAACCUAUUAAAAUGAAAAACAUGAAUCAGUAUACAUUUGAAAUGAUGAUGGCAGCUUAUAAAGCUGUUAAGGAAGAUCACAUGCCAGUAGACAGGGCGGCUGUGACAUUUGGUGUUCCAAAACAAACAUUAAGGGACAGAGUUCUGAACAAAGUGAAUCUAAGAGCAAAGUGGGGAAAGGAUUCGUUGUUCACAUUGGACGAAGAGGAGCAGCUGGUAAACCAUCUUGAAUCCCUGGCCCAGGUUGGGUAUGUUGUGAAUCGCGCACAAGUGAAUGUUCUUGCCAUUGAACUUGCUGUAAAGCUUGGUAGGCGUAAUUCAGAUGACAAGCUGAGUAAUUUCUGGUACUACGCCUUCCUGAAAAGAUGGGAUCACAGACUGAAGGUCAUCAAACCAAGGGCCCUAUCAUCCACUCCGGCAGCAGCAAUGACCCAAGAAAACAUUGACGAUUACUAUUCUGAUUUGAAUGCUGUUCUUGAAAAGUAUAAUCUCAAGUCAAAACCACAUCUGAUCUACAACCUUGAUGAGACCGGAAUUCAACUGAGACCAGUAAUUACAAAAAUUUCGACUAGUAAAAUAAUAUCAGUUACAUUUCCAAAUACAGGCAACACUACCAUAGUAGCCUGUGUAAAUGCAGCAGGUACUGCUCUACCACCCUACUAUGUAUUCGAAGGGAAACAGAGUGAGACAAACGACACCUUCAUGAAUAACGCAACAGCUGGUUCAGCCUACACCAUGUCAGACUCUGGGUGUGUGAAUAGUGAAGUUUUCAUGAAGUACCUCAAUGAACACUUCUUGAAAUUUGUACAAAGGGGAUCUAGUGACAACACUGAACCCAUCUUGUUGAUUUAUGAUGGUCAUUCAUCACAUGUGUCGCUUGACGUUGUACAGUGGGCCAAAGAGCACCAUCUGAUCCUUUUUGUACUCCCACCGCACAGCCCACAUGCUCUUCAACCGUUAGACAUAGCAUGCUUUGGGCCAUUUAAGACCGCUUUCCAUAGGGAGUGCAAAUUAUAUAUGGAAAAAGAAACUUUAACAAAGGGUAGAAUAAUAACGAAGUAUAAAAUUGCAGAGUUAUCAGGGAAAGCAUACUUAGAGUCAAUGACACCAGUCACAAUCCAGGAAGGUUUCAGAAAAGCCGGAAUAUCACCAGUUUGAUGCAAACAUGUCCCUAUUGAGAGAAUUAAUCCAAAAGAAGACAUGCAACACGGAAACCUCGAGCAUGACAAUGCAAAAACAGAGAUAAUUUUUUAUUGUAACUGCACCCAAAACAAGACAAUCUCAAACCAAACUUGAUGAAUACAACACAAAAGAAACAAUAUAAGGAGGAAAAUAAAUUACAGAGAACAAAGUGUACAACCAGUUACAAGAAUACAAACUUGAAAAGAAAAAUUGGAAAAAUAUGUACCUUUUAAAAAUGAUGUGUUUUAACAUUUAACAAUUUCACACAUCUUUUAGUAAGUACAUGUACUUACUGACUUGGUAAGAAUUUAAUAUUUGCAUAAGUACAAUUUAAGUUUUGUGUUUCCAAGUACUGGUAGUUGAUAUGUUCUCAAUGCCAUUUCAUAAUAUUUAUGGUUCUUGAAAUUGUGUUCAUCUAAAAUAUAGAGAAACCAUUCAUUCUGAUUUUGUAUCAUUCAAAUCAGUCUAAUUUUCAUUCAAAUAGUUCAUCUAGUUCGGUCUGGUCUUGUAAAUUUUUCAAGUUACUAGACCAGUAGUCUAGUUAUUAAAGAAGUUAAGGAGAAACCUUAAAGAGCCCUCAUGUAAGUUUCUUAAGUAAUGUUUUGAACUUAAAAAAAAAUAAUUAAAUGCUGCAAUUGUGUAUAAUACAUAUACAUGCAUUGUCCACAUUGCACAUGCAUUGUCCACAUUGCAACCUAGAGUUCCCAGUUUAGAUGGGAUCCUAACUCUGGGAGCGUUUACAAAUUUUCCACAAAGACAUCCAGUAAUCUUAAUUCUAAGAAAGCAGAUAGCAGAAUUGCCAAAGGCUUUCCAACUGAAAUAAAAGAAGUAUCAUACAACUGACCUCGAAUAUGAAAAUCUUUACUCAUGAAUGACUUUUAUGACUAAAUUGUGCAUCUCUACAUGUACUUUGUUAAAUUCAUGUUCCUGUUGUCAAAAGAUGCCACUUCCCAUGGAUCACAUGAUUGAUGUAUGAUUUAUACAAUAAAUAGCUUUACAAAUCUUCUCUGAAGCGGCAAUAAUCAGGGGUUUAAUAAUGUUUGUAAAACAUUGUAUAGUGGUCGUCUAAUACGUUUGUUCGAGUCAUUCCCAUGGGGUCAAACUGGUUGUGCUCGAAUGGACACAUAAUUAAUAAUAUAGAUUAAUUGAUUUAAAAAAACUUAAAAUAUCUCUGUAAGAGGUUUAAUGUUAAGUGUGUAAAAUGGUUAUGCUCUACAAAGAUUUGUUUAAAUCAUUACUUGUGGGUCAAAUCUUUUCGUAAACUACAAAGCCCAGACGUUUGGCAUUUUGCAGGUUAUAUUGUUUGUAGAUUCUCAACCAAAUUUGUUCAGAUCAUGUCCUAUAGUAAAAACUGGCCACCAUCUGGGGUUCACAUGAUAUAUAGAGUUUCAAAGAAACAUGAUUUUUUUUUAAGAAUUCUUAAUCUAUAAAAUCAUAAGACCUGAACAGCCUUGAUAUGUGGUACAUAUAUGUGAUAUCAAACAAGCGUACUGUAGAAAGUUAUUUAAAUCAUGCCCUUGGGGUCAAAAUGCCACUGGGGUCAAAUGAUUUAUGUGUACUUUUAUUAUUUAUAGUAAUAAGCUUUAAAAAAUGCUGUCAGUAAAGGCGCAAUAUGUAAAGUAUUUUGUAUGUAACUGUAGUUAAUGUUGUUUGUGUUAAUAAAUACAUGUAAUAUAUCUGUAUUACAGUAUAUUAUGAAAGUU